UGUUCCACACUCCGGAGCAGAAGGUGGCGGUAAUGCACCUAAUUACGCUGGUUGCCAGCCGCCGUUAAAAACCAAGAAGAAGAAGAGAAGAAGAAGAAGAAGAAGAAGAAGGCCUCGAUGUCGCCGAAAGAGAAAUAUUUAAUCGUUCUUAAGAGUGAUUUAUAAUUAUAAUAUAAGUGUAAGAGCCUGUAAUAAUAACUAUAAUGUCUCGGUACAUGAGACCGCCGAACAGCUCUCUGUUCGUCCGCAAUAUUUCCGACGAGUCCCGACUGUGUACCGGCGUCCCGUUCUGGAGCCCGGCACAAAGACACAGUUAAAGAGACGUGUAGAGUAGGACUAAAAGACAAGCCGCCUCAAGAAAGAAAGAAAGACGGCUGCUUGCAGAGAGACAGAGUGUGAAAGCAAAGAAUAUUAAAGCUUCAAGACACAAAGAGGCAUUAUGGGGCCGAGACGAGCGGCGGCUCCAGGUUAAAGAGCGUAAAGAUGACUCCAGUAUCCUCCAUGGUUCAGGACACAAGCGUAAUCUGAGUCAUGUGAUGUGAGGUGAACGUGUUCGGUUAGACCCUUAACAGCGCAGCACGUUUGAGGACGUCCGGGACGCAGAGGAUGCCCUGCACAAUCUGGACAGGAAGUGGGUGUGUGGACGGCAGAUCGAGAGGGCGACCGCAAGAGUGAGUGCUGACCCGCUCUGAGAUGAGGAGUGUUUCUGGGACGCCUGUGACUGACCUGUGUGUGUUCCUCAGCGCCGGGCCAGAUGAAGUCCAAGGAGCGUCAGUCGCCCCGCAGUCACUCACGAUACGAGGAGUACGAGCGGCGCAGACGCAGGUCACGCAGACGAUCCCCGAGCCCUCGAGACAGAUCCAGAGGAAGCAGACGCAGCCGCAGCCGAGAACACGAGCGGUACGAGCUCAACUAACCCUACACAACACGACGUCUACAGCUGGAAGAUCCUUCCGGAAACAUACACCAGAGCUUCACUGCAGAAGAAGCUCAUUCUCUGUAAACCUGUUCUCAACGGCAGUCCUCGCACCCCACUGCUCUCCAUAUUUAGGACAUCUCUCUUUAACACCCCUGAUUAUCAGCUCAUUAGCAGUGAUCUCCGUCCAUCAACUGUGUUCCCAUUGUUCAUUGCUCCCUACUCCCUGAGCAGGUGAGAUCUGCUGACGUUCUCCUCACUUCUGAACAUUGAUUCACUGAUUUGUGCUGCGCAGCGUCUUUACACAUCUCAUACCUCUGUAAAUACAACAAUUUAAAUUCACGUCUCGCACAGUUCAGUGCACUUUGAAACAUACGUUCGCUUUGAUCUGGAAUCAUGGCAGAUUAUCCUGAGAUGUCCACUUCGCAGGGCACUUGCGUUCGAGUAGAACAAACGUCUGAAGCGCUAAGAGAAACGCUGAAAAUGUGCGAGCAUCGGUGCGCGAGGACUGAACGGAGAACCGCUGCUGUAAACACUGACGUGCUCAGUUACUCAGUGUGAGGUGAUGCUUGUUAGAAUGUGGAAGCUGUUUUCUACACUUUCACUAUUACACCGCAAUCGGUUUCCUAACACUGAACUGAAUUUCUAGUUUGUUUAGAAAUAUAAAAGUUAGGUUUCUUGGAGUGGCUCUGUUGCCUUUUUUCUUUGUGGUGGAAACUGUUACUGAACAAGCAGAAGUGAAUCUUCCACAUAGAAACCCUGAAAACAAAAUCAUUUUUUGAAGUUAUUACCAGGACUGAAAAAACAGUGAAAGCAGAAAAAGAUGAACCCUUUAUUUUACAGACAUUGUUCGUGCUUGAAGGACCUCUGUUUAUAUCGAUGAUGAAUGCAGUGUGUGUGUGUGUGUGUUGUAAUUCUGGUGCGUGGUCAUGUGACUCCUGCAGGCACCGGGCGUCUGGGCGUAACCCCCCCCCGCUCCCGGAGCCCCUCCCACUCGAGGAGCAGGGGCGGAGCUCGAACCCGCUCCAGGUCCAGGUCCAGGUCUCCCAGCGAGCUCCACACAGAGACCCAGGACACCGCUGCAGAAGAGAAGACACAUGAGCGCUCCCCGUCCCGCUCCGGGUCCCGCUCGCGCUCUUGGGCCGGACACAAGUCCUGGGGGCAUUAGAUCCACACAUGAGCCUCAGGGGCGACUGGAUGGGUCAGUUUGGGGCAGAAGGUCAUGAACCUGCUCAUUUCUUUUAAUAAGGAGAGGGAUUUCAGUUUCUGUUAAAGUGUUAGCAUUGAAGACAUCUGUGUGGUUUCGUUUACAAGCUGUGCAGAGCGAGAGAUGUCAAUCACAUCAAUAUUUUUUCAGAUAUUGUUAAGUUGACCAGUAAUGGCCCUCCAUUUGAAACGGUCUUCCAUGUGUGUCUCGAACCCGUUUAUUGUGAAGUCUGCAGGCCUUUUACAUGUAACCUCAGAAUGAAAUAAAUUUCCUGUGCAUCAGUAUGUUGUCGUUUUGAUUUAAUUUUAUUAUUUCAUAAUUAGAUCUUGAUUUUGAAGGAAUUAUGUUGAUUUAGCUCCAUCCUGACUUAUUAAAUUGUUAUUAUGAAUCUAGUUUCUUAAACUUUGUCAUGCACACCCCUUCAUGUCCUUCCAUCGGAUCACCAGUCACACCGCGAGGACAUUAAAGCACCCUUUCUGGUUCCCAAAGAGCCGUUCAGCCGUUUAAUCAACAUUUUAACAAACCUUUUUAAUCUUUUGUGGUUGGAAAUUUUGUCGGUCAGUGUAGGACUGUCAGACAGAGGAAGAUAUUUGAAUGUUUUUGAAUGAUAUUUAAAUAUUUAACAUUUUUUUAUAACAAGUAGAAAUAUAAUUUUUUGUGUUCUAUAGAAGAAUGACACAAGGGGAAUCAUUAAUAGCCUCUAACACGUUGUCGUAAAUCCCAGUCUGUCACAGAAACUUGAUUCUGUCCUGUGUUUUGAGUGUCAUGUUUUCUACAUGAGUGCCCUUUGACACGUGUCUGACCCUGAUGUGACCCUUCAGCGUCAGAUGAUCGUUGUUUGCGUGUAAGUGAACAGCUGCUCAUGUACAAGAGUGACAAAUCAAUGAACCUGCUCGCACGCCACCGAAACCAUCCCACAAUGCACUGCCUCACAGGACCCCCCCAGCCAUUCUCUGGCCAUCGAUUCUUCAGUGAUGGGUUUAGAAACAUCGACAGACGUCGAGCUUGAGGGGAGAUCUGGGAUUGGAUUCUGAGAGAGCAGUUCAUGUAUGAAAUUGGACAUGACUGACUGAUCGUUAAUCAGGAUAAUAAGCAUCGACUGAUGGAGAACGCACUCGUGUGGAUCUCAGGAGUGUUGAGGAACAGCAGAACCCGUCUCUUCACCUAACAGCUGGACUUCAUUAAUAAUCCAUAAUUGCUUUGUGAGUUAUGUGAUCGCAGCAGUGCUGUCUCACUUCAUCAGGACAGUAGAGACUGGUUUGGUCCAGAUGACCUGCAGGCCUUUACAGCAGCACGCAAACAAAUCACAUUGAUUACUUUGGCCGGGGUAUAAAGUUAGCAGCGACCUAGAUCCUCAAACCACACUAUCCUCUUUCAGAGAACUGUUAGAUGUUUUUUGAUCAUGCCUCCAGUGUGAUCAACACUUAACCCUCAUUCACCAUUUUUAUAUCUUUUAGAAAAGUGACUAAUUCGAACGGUGAGUACAGAGCUAUUUAGUAUUUCUUGUCUGUGAAAUCUGGUGUGGAUGUGGAGAAGUGAGUGACUCCUGCUGUCGUCCGUCUGCAGCGGCAGUGAUGUCUGUGUGAGGAUGGGCGACUGGAACUUUCUGGGAGGGAUUCUGGAGGAGGUUCACAUCCACUCCACUAUGGUGGGGAAGAUCUGGCUCACCAUCCUCUUCAUCUUCCGUAUGCUGGUGCUGGGUGUGGCGGCCGAGGACGUGUGGAACGACGAGCAGUCCGACUUCAUCUGUAACACGGAGCAGCCCGGCUGCCGAAACGUCUGCUACGACCACGCCUUCCCCGUCUCGCUCAUCCGCUACUGGGUCCUGCAGGUCAUCUUCGUCUCCUCGCCCUCGCUGGUCUACAUGGGCCACGCCAUCUACCAGCUGCGUGCCCUGGAGAAGGAGCGUCACUGCAAGAGAGUGGCUCUCCGGCGCGAGCUGGAGACGAUGGAGGCGGAGCUGGUGGAGGCUCGGCGGCGGGUGGAGCGGGAGCUGAGGCAGCUGGAGCAGGGCAAGCUGAACAAGGCUCCGCUCCGGGGCCCGCUGCUGCAGACCUACCUGGCACACAUCGUGACCCGCUCCGUGGUGGAGGUGGGCUUCAUGACGGGACAGUACCUGCUGUAUGGACACCACCUGGAGCCUCUGUACAAGUGUGAGCGGGAGCCGUGUCCCAACGUGGUGGACUGCUUCAUCUCACGACCCACAGAGAAGAGCGUCUUCAUGGUGUUCAUGCAGGGCAUCGCCGCCGCGUCCCUGUUCCUCAGCCUGCUGGAGAUCCUGCACCUGGCCUACAAGAAACUGAAGAAGGGGCUUCUGGACUACUAUCCUCACCUGAAAGACGACCUGGGCGACUACUACGGUGCCAAGAAGAACUCUGUGGUGCAUCAGGGUCGGAGAGCCACCAUCCCGACGGCACCCAGCGGAUUCGCUCCGCUCCUGGAGAAACAGGGUAACGGACCCACAUACCCCGUGCUCAUUAACCCCUCGUCUGCGUUUGUGCCCAUCCAGGGCGUGUCGGACGUGCAGCGGGAGAACAAGGAUGUCGUUCCCAGUCUGCUGGAACACAACAGCAACUCCAACAACCCCUGCAGCGAGACUCGUUCCCCUGUUGUGCACACACGGUUCCCGCCGGAGCCCGAGAGCGCAGGCUUCAGCAGUCUCCUGAUAGCAGACGCACGCAAGCAGCGGCGAGUCAGUCCGGCCUGGAACUGCAGCACGGUGGUGGAAGGGAACGUCUCGGACAGCGGAGACCUGAGGAGAUCCGGCGGGACACACACACCGGACUCUGAGCCCAGCUCCGGCUCACGGCAGCACGGUUCUGUAGAGAGUCCCAGCUUCUCUCCCAAUCGCCAACGAACUUCACUGACGAGCAGCAGCAGACGAGCAGCCAGCGACCUGCAGAUCUGAGCCUCUGUUCUCUUUAGUCUUAAUCUGAGAGAUGGUUCACCCAAAAAUGAUCAUUCUGUCAUCAUUUACUCAGUCUCAUGUAUGCAUUUCCUUCUUGUAUUGAACAUAUAUUUUGAAGAAUGUGUGUAACCAAUUUUUGGUUGUAUUCAACAGAAGAAAGAAGCUGAAAUUAUAUGAAAUAUGUUAAUGGUGACAGAAUGAUAAUUUUAAAGUGAACUAUCCUUUUGAAAACAAGGAUUGAAGCUUUAUUUACAGAUGGGAGGAAUCGUGACUGUAUAUUGUUGGGUUUCGUAUUUAUAGAUGUUUUUACUAGCUCAAACCGUCUCUAACAGACACAUAUCUGAGUGUCUGUGUUGAUGUGCGCAGUGGUCUCGGCACAUAACGGCCUGGAAGAGAUGCUUUACAAAAGGAAGUCUCAUUUUAAAGACUUAUUUUGAUGAAAAUAGUAUCUACAUUAUUUAUAUGUAGAGUUAUGAUGUUUUAAUACACAAGUAUUGCAGUGAGGCUGUAAAUAGCAUCCACCGGCACACAGUCGAGUGCAACAGUUUGUAUAAGCUUGCACAAUCUAUGCAGGGAUAAAAUAUCUUUGUUGUUGUUAAAUAUGUAUCUCUCAGAUUCUGUAAGCGUUGUACAAACCCAUGCACCGAAAUUUGUGCAUUAAGACAAAGAUGGGGAUUACUAUAAUCCAGUGCAUUGGUCACAAAGUUGCCGUUUCACCUUCUUGUGAUGGACAUCUGGAGAUCUGACAAUUAAUUUGAUUUAUUCCUAGCACCAUUUUAUUUUAUUCUUCUAAUAGAAACACAGAAUUAUGUUAUGCACUUGAGGUUAUUUAGUAGGAUAUGGCUGUUACACAAAUGCAACUGUUAAACCUGCAUUAAAGUUUUGGAUUGCUACUGAUCUGUGAAGGGUUUUGUGGAAGAAAGAGAUCACAUAUGUUAGUGUAGGGGAGCGUACAGUUAUAAACCAAACAUCAGGUGUUGUCUUAAUGAAGACCAGGAGUCACAGAUUCAUUCAAUUAAUAAUACAUUUAGUGAAGAGAAUAGUUUGUGGUUUCAUCAGCUGUGACACGAUGGAGUUCGUAGUGCAUUCAAAAUCAACAAUUCGACUCUUGACGGAGGAUGCUAUUUGUGUCAAUGUGAAAUUCUGAUUGGUUACAAAACCUAGAGAAAGUUUUCACCUAUGGACAUAAGCUUGAAGCAUAUCUUCUGAUGACUAUUUUGGUGACAAUUGUUCAUCAGAUACGUAUAUCUGAUACGAUGGACAUCGGCAGUGUAAUAUAUAUGAAAUAAUAUCAAAAGGAAGGCUAAGGUCAGGGCGG